GGUGUUUACAUCCCGUACAUCAGGAGGUCUAAACUCAAAACUGUAUGAAAUCCUGCCACGCUUACGGCAACAAACGAUAUUUGGUCUGAAGGAUGGCUAGGGAAGAUGGACCAACCUUCAUCCUCUCCCUCUUCUUUUUUCUCUCAGUGUUAUCAUCUGUAUGUGACUGUCAUCCACACUCACUAGAUAGGGCUGUGUCCAAUCAUACUAAAAGGAAAGUCCCAGACAUAGCCACAGAGGUAGCAGGCUAUGUUGAUGUGGCCAAAAAGAUUAUUGACCUGGCCGUGUUCGGUGCUGCCCAGAACCGCUCCUACACACGGCUUGCAGAUUUUACCGACACCAUAGGGAACCGUGUCAGUGGCUCGCAGAACCUGGACCUGGCCAUCAAAUACAUGUACACUGCUAUGACACAGGAUGGGUUGGAUGUACAUCUCGAGCCAGUCAAAAUCCCACACUGGGUGAGAGGGAAGGAGAGUGCAGAAAUGAUUGCGCCUAGGGCCAAAAGUCUCGCUUUACUUGGUCUGGGUAGCAGUGUAGGGACACCACCUGAAGGUAUCGAAGCAGAGGUGUUGGUGGUUAAGUCUUUUGAGGAACUGAAGCAAAGAGCCAAGGAGGCCAUAGGGAGGAUUGUGGUCUUCAACCAGCCAUUUGUCAGCUAUGGAGAGACGGUGGCUUACCGUGCUUUCGGAGCCACUGAGGCAGCCAAAGUGGGAGCUGUGGCAACGCUCAUUAGAUCUAUUACUCCAUUCUCUAUUAACAGUCCCCACACAGGUUGGCAAGAUUACCAAGAUGGAGUGAAGCGCAUCCCUACUGCCUGUAUUACCGUGGAGGACGCAGAGCUGAUGUGGCGCAUGGCACAGAGGGGGCAGAGGAUUGUGGUCAGACUCACAAUGGGAGCCAAGACUCUGCCGGACGCUGACUCCUUCAACACAGUGGCUGAGAUUAAAGGCUGGCAGCACCCUGAUCAGGUUGUCAUUUUGAGUGGACAUUUGGACAGUUGGGAUGUGGGCCAAGGAGCCAUGGAUGAUGGAGGUGGAGCCAUGAUUUCUUGGGAGGCCCUGUCACUCAUCAAGGACUUGGGUUUGCGUCCACGGAGGACUCUGCGUACGGUGCUGUGGACGGCUGAAGAGCAGGGUGGAGUCGGAGCACAGCAGUACUACAAUCUACACAAGGUGAAUCUGUCCAACAUUGACAUGGUCAUGGAGUCUGACUCGGGAACCUUCACCCCAGUGGCUCUGCAGUUUGCUGGCAGUGAUGCAGCAAAGAAGGUGAUGGAAGAAGUGGUCAAACUGUUGGCUCCCAUUAACACCACCAAACUGGAGGCACACGGAGAAGGGACAGACAUCUCACCUUGGAUGCAGGCUGGUGUGCCAGGUGCUAGCCUUCAUGUUGAAGACAGUCGAUACUUUUGGUUCCACCACAGUGAAGGUGAUACUAUGACAGUCCAGGAUCCUCAAGACAUGAACCUCUGCUCAGCAUUGUGGGCUGUGGUUGCCUAUGUGGUGGCAGACCUACAGGACAUGCUUCCCAGGUAGCCAAUUGGUACAUUGCAAUCUGAGGCUCAAAUCAAAUUAAAUUUGGGUUUAAAUAGAUACAAAUUGAAUGUCAACUCUCCGAGGAUAAACUAAUGAAUCCAGAUGAUAAAGGGAGAAACUGCAUCUUUUUUUUAAUCAUGUGUAAAUGCUUGUUUUAUGAACGAGACAAGACCAAGAAAAUAAAGAGAAAUGUGAACGUUCUCAGGUGCUUUACUGUCUUGAUGCUUCAAUCAAUGUAGUCAAUCAAUUUAGUUUCUGGAAGUGUAGAAAUUAAAUGUAACGCCUUUAAGUGUUUAAAAUCAACUACACAAUUGAUGAGAGAGGGAGAGUGCUUCUUGUAGUCCAGUGAGGAAAAAAAACUAAGAUGAAAAUAAGUGUAUAGAGAAAUUGUAGAGCUGUCCAAGUUCCCAAUGUUACUGCAAGUAUUCAUAAAGCCUUUAUUUUAACAUCA